AUGCAGGGCUCAGCCAAGAGAAAUCUGGUCCUGUUCAGAGAGCUGUGCGGAGAAGACGCCCUCCAGAAGGUGAUCCUUGCCACCACCAUGUGGGACAAGGUCUCGGAGAAGAGAGGCUACCGAAGAGAGGCCGAGUUGAUGAACACUCAGGAGUUCUGGGGGUGGAUGGUUGAUAAAGGAAGCGCGGUUCACCGACAUUACAAUACGCGAGAGUCGGCAAAGAAGAUCAUCGACCAGCUGGCCAACCACGACAAGAAGUUCGUCACAGAUCUGCAGAGACAGCUCGUCGACGAGGGCCUCACGCUAGAUCAGACAUCGGCCGGCAAGGAGCUACAGAGCGAGCUGCUGAAGGAGAGGGAGCGAUGGGCCGAGCAGCUCAGGCUGGUGCAGGCGGAUAUGGAGGCGGCCAUGGAGAAAAACGACGAGGAGAUGGAAAAGAUCAUGCGCGAGGAGCGCGACAGAUACACGCGCAUGAUCGAGCAGGCGGAGAACAAGACGGCCGCCCUCCGUGUAACUAUGGAGAGUCUCAUUGCCCGGCGCGACGAGAGGGUCGCCCGCAUGGAAAAGACGCUGCGGGAGCAGCAGGAGAAACAUGCUGCGCACGGCAAUCUGCCCAAGAGAGCAGCUGAUGGCGGAGCCGUGCGUGGAAAAGCCAAGGAACUAAAAGAGGUCCCACCGGUUUCAGUCUCGUGGUUUGGAAGCGAGUUUAGUUUGACAAGCGGCAGAAGUUCCAACAGCAAUGUUCUUGUUACCGAUCGACGCGCGCCUCCAGGAAUCAAGGCAAGCGCCACAAUAGUCGGGGAACGAUUAGACGACAAAACCUCGUGGGUUGCGCGCUACUCAGACGAGUCCUGGGCCGUCUGUCCACCGAGCAUAAUAUUGCUCAUCGGCGCCGAGGGCACAAACUGCGAGGUGUUCGCCCCCGUUGCCCCUGAACUUGCCGUCCAAUUCAGCUGCUACGCGUACGACACGACCGUCACCGUGCUCAAGGAGGUGGUCAAGAAGUCCAAGAAGAAAGCCGACUGUGACAUAAAGGCCGUCGCACUGGGGUAUGGGACCAGUUACCUCAUCUCGUACGGGUCAAGCAGGAAGCUGAGGUACAGGUGUGAUCUGAAGAACUACUACCCACAGCUCCAGCAGUUUCUGGAAGCCAAGAAGCCGCUGAACGUACUUCAUCUUACGUUCCAUCAGGCCGUUGCGCUCAACCCGCGCAGUAAAACCGACUACAUCCUCGUAUUUUCGAAACGCGAUGGGGAGGCGGCGAUUUCGUGGAUCUGCUCAAGCAAGGUCGUCAAUAAAGAGAUACGGGCGUGGGCCAACGAAACAGGGGGCCAGGGAGGGGAAUAG